CCGUCAUUUUAAGACUUCUUGUUCUUCAAACGAUCCGAGUUCUUGCGGCGAUGGCGGAGAGCUCGGAUUCGUCGCCGUUAGGGUUCCUGUGGAAGCACCUUGAGGAGGUGAAGGAACACUGGAGGAGCAAUUUUGCCUUCCUGGACUAUUACAGGAAGUCCUUGGGGCGCAAGGAGCCGCUCCCCAAGUGGACCGACGCCGAUGUCGAGGAGUUCAUCGCCUCCGAUCCAGUCUAUGGCCCGCAGCUGAAAGCAAUAAGGCAAUCAAGAAAAUAUGCAGUUGCUGGAGGUCUACUUGGUGCUGCACAUCUUGGUGGAGUUUCUUUAAAAUACUCGAAGAGUCCACAUGGUUUUGUUUUGGCUACUGGAUUUGGUGCUCUCUGUGGCGGUGUCCUUGGAAUGGAAGUUGCUGAACAUUGGAAGCAACUCUACAAGAUUGAUAAACAGGCUGCAAAUCUCAGGUUCCUCUACUGGUGGGAGGACAAAACUUUAGGAAGCCAUAGGACCUGAUGUGCCCUUAAGAGCUUCUGGUUGAGUUCACUCAUAGCUCUGGUGUUUCCUUCAGGAUUUGAAUCGAGAAGUUCACUCAUAGCUCCGGUGUUUCCUCAGGAGUUGAAUUGAGAAUUCUUCACAUUUGUUUUCUGCUUUCGAAAUAAAGUAGUAGCUAUGAUGAGUAUGGCCAGUUAGACCAUACAACUAGAAGUUUGUUAAUUUUGUGCGGUUGGACCAAUUUCUUGGUUACAUGAAUCUCCGUGGCAAAUGCUUUGGCAAUCCACUUGAGGUGUCUUUAUAGUAUCAUUGCAGGGAGCUUAAUUUUUACUUGCAGAGUUUGAGACUCAUUUUGAAACCUGGAUGAUGUUUUAAGUGAAAUGAUUUAUUUAAUUCUUCUA